UGAAAACAGGUUACAUAACCUCAAAUAUCCGCUUAAUUUAAACCUAAACAAUCGUCUGUUUUUACGUGAUUUUAAAAUGAAAUUAACCAUUUAUAACGCUAUUUUACAUAAAACCAAUUACGGCGCAUCAUUCUGUAGGCACCACCAAACAGCAAGCCACCUAAGUAAAUUAGACAAAGCCUACGUGCCGCAUAAACUAGACACAUACGCUGGAAAAGAACGUUAUUUUAAAGCGAAAACCAACCGCUCCGAACCAUUCACGAUGAUCCUACCACCGCCGAACAUAACAGGAACUCUCCACUUGGGACAUGCCCUCACCGCUACCAUACAAGACACCAUAAUAAGAUGGAAACAAAUGCAAGGUACAGAAACCGUUUGGGUACCCGGAGUAGACCACGCAGGCAUAGCCACGCAAACGGUCGUCGAAAAACUCCUGUGGAAGACCACCGGACAAACCAGACACGAUUUAGGUCGAGAGGAAUUCCUAAAAAAGAUCCACGAGUGGAAAAACGAAAACACCCGAGCCAUAACGGAGCAAUUGAAACGACUAGAACUGUCGCUGAAUUGGGACAGGGAAAUCUUCACGUUGGACGAAGAAAGAUCGAAAGCAGUCAACGAGGCGUUCGUAAGGCUCUUCGAUAAAGGCCUCAUCUACAGAGCCAACGCCUUGGUGAAUUGGUCGUGUACACUCAAAUCGGCCAUAUCCGAUAUAGAAGUCGAAGACUUGUCCAUAACGGGCCCCACCGAGUUAAAUGUACCCGGUUACGAGCGACCCGUAGAAUUCGGAUAUCUGGACCGAUUCGCCUAUUUAGUAGAUGGAACCGAUGAGGAAAUUAUCGUGUCUACUACACGCUUAGAAACCAUGCUAGGCGACGUUGCCGUCGCUGUACACCCUAACGACGAGCGUUACUCGAAAUUCAUCGGGAAAUUCCUGAGGCAUCCCUUUCGAAACGAUCGAAUACCAGUCAUCGCUGAUUCGUUCGUCGAUCGAGACUUCGGCACCGGCGCGGUAAAAAUAACCCCGGCCCACGAUUUCGCCGACUUCGACGUCGCCCGAAGGCAUUCGUUGCGCCAUCUGUCGAUCAUCGACGAAUCCGGCCGAACGACGGACGGUUGCGGCCCGUUCUCGGGACUUCCCCGGUUCGAGGCCAGGCUGAAAGUGGCCGAAGAACUGACGAGACUAGGCCGGUUCAGGGGCCGCCGCCGCCACGCCAUGGUCGUGCCCGUUUGCAGCCGUUCCAAGGACGUGGUGGAGUACCUGAUCAGACCGCAGUGGUUCCUGCGAUGCGACGCGAUGGCCGCCGAAGCCGUCCGAUGUGUUAAAGAAGGCCGAUUGGUCCUGGUGCCCGAAGGACUGCGAAAGGAUUGGUUCGAUUGGCUGGAACACGUACGGGAUUGGUGCGUAUCGAGGCAGCUGUGGUGGGGCCACCGGAUACCGGUGUAUCGCUGCACUAACACCCGUAACGGGGAGACCGCUUGGAUAGCCGCCCAAGAUGAAGCUUCGGCUUCAGACAAAGCUUCGAUGAAGCUGAAUUGCGCACGCGAGAAUGUGGAGUUGCAGCAGGACGAGGACGUCCUGGACACGUGGUUCUCGUCGGCGUUGCAUCCUUUUUCGGCCUUCGGUUGGCCCGCUGAGACCGAAGAUCUGUCGAAGUUCUAUCCGUUGAGUUUGAUGGAAACGGGCCGCGACAUAAUGUUCUUUUGGGCCGCCCGAAUGGUGAUGUUGGGCGUCGCCCUCACCGGUCGAUUGCCCUUCGGGCGAUUGCUGUUGCACGGCAUCGUCUGCGACGCCCACGGUCGCAAAAUGUCGAAGAGUUUGGGCAACGUCGUCGCCCCGGAGGAGAUCAUCGACGGCAUCACCUCCGAUGAAAUGAAGUCGAAAUUAGAACUAAACUACAACAAGGGAUUCAUAUCGAAGGAGGAGUUCGAUCGAUCCCUUCGAGGCCAAAGGAAAAUGUUCCCUAAAGGCGUGCCCGAAUGCGGCAUAGACGCUUUGAGAUUCACUCUUCUAUCGCACGACAUCAAAAAGCGCUUCGUCAAUUUCGACGUGUCCGAAUGCCACGUGAACAAGCUGUUUUGCAACAAGAUCUGGCAAAGCACCAGGUUCGCCUUGUCGUGGUACGACGAACUGCGGGAUCGGCUGGUACCCGUCGGGUACGAGGAUAGUUCGAGCACCGAUCGAUGGAUUUUGAGCAAAUUGAGCGGGAUGAUCGAUCGGGUUUCGCUCGGUUUGGAGAAUUGCGAUUUCUGCGCCGCCGCCAAGGCUUUGAAGCAGUUCCUGUACUACGAAUUCUGCGACGUUUACUUGGAAACCAGCAAAAGAGGCCUGAGGAAUUCGGAGGGGGACAUCAAGACGGCUUCGGUUAAUUUGUGGACGAUUUUGACCUGCUUGGAUACGAGUUUGAGAUGUCUCGCGCCUUUUAUGCCCGUCGUAUCGCGACAUUUGCAUUCCCGUUUGCCAUCGUACGAUCGACAGAGAAAUACCGGUUUUCCCGAAAGACUGAAUUGGUCGGACGAUAAACUGGAGGAGCAAAUGGACGAAUUAAUGGACGUCGUCGUUGCUGUUAGAAGACUGAAAAAUGUGUUUAACGUUAACGUUCAUAGCGGAGCGGAAGUUUGUUUGGCGACGACGUUCGAUUUUCUAUUGGCUAAUUCUCGGCUAAUCGAAGAUCUGACGGGUUUUAGGCGAAUAGACGUCGUAGAGGGAUCGAAUGUGCAAUUAUCUGGCGAUUUUCUGACCGAUAGAUCUCGAAAUACCAGCGUUUACGUAAAAAUAACGAAGGAUUUCAAGAAGACGUUAACGUUAGACUUGGAAAAAGUGUUGGUGAAGAAGGCGAAAGUGGAAAAGGAGCUCGACAGGUUUAGGAAAAUGAUGGGACACGAGAAUUAUUCGAUCAAAACGGACGAAGCUAGGAAAUUGUUGGAUUCGAAAAGGAUGGCUGCAUUGGAAGAACAACUGUCUAGAUUGGAAUAUUUUCGAAUCGUAGCCGAAAGAUGAUUAAUUACAGUAAGUUAAUAAUUGUAUAAAAUAUAAGUGUAAAGUAUGCAACACUUUUAACAAGCUAAUGUAAAAGUUUUUUACUUUGUAUCAAGAUUAGAAAUAAAAUCUGUUUUUCUUAAUUGCUAGAUAAUAUUCAUUCUCUCACCGAAGUUCAAUUGACGUUUUACAGCAACAGU